UAAGGAAGUAUGUGGCGGGCAGGAGUGGUUCAGUCUCGCUUGAGAUUGCAGUUGUUCAUUUGUGGUCAGAUGCAAGUUAGUAAAAGUUGAAAUCAUCUCGUCUCAUUUUCCCCCAAACUGUUGGAAAAAAUGUCGAAAAACGACCCCAAUGAAAGAAUGAGAUCGAAAGAAGUCUUCGGAAAAGAAGAACUGGGAAGAGUCUUUCGGUCACACUCGAUCAAGGAUCAGCUCACUGGAAAAGAAAAAGAAUUGCUUGAAUUGUGUGGGAGUGAUUCGCGAUUGGAUCUAACGGGAAAAAUCAAAGAAUUAAUUCAAUUCGGAAUUAAACUGAACGCAAAGGACAAAAACGGAAUGAAUGCGCUCCAUCUUUUGUGUCGGUACUAUUCAAACGAAAAAUUAAUCGACGCAAUUAAACUCGUAAUCGAAAGCGGAAUCGACGUGAAUGCAAGGGACAACAAUGGAAUGAAUGCCAUUCAUUAUUUGUGUCGAUACCAUUCAAGCAAAAACUUAAUCGACGCAAUUCAAAUUUUAAAUAAAUCCGGAAUCGACGUGAAGGCAAAAACUAACGAUGGAUCAAAUGCGCUCCAUUAUUUAUGUCGAGACAAUUCAAACCCAAAUGUGCUCGACGCAGUUAAUAUUUUGAUUGAAGUCGGAGUAGAUGUGCAGACAAAGGACAAAGAUGGAUGGAAUGCGUUGUAUUAUUUGUAUAAUAAAGAUAAGAAGGAAAUGAAAAUUUGGAUCAAUCGGGAUACUUCUCCAAUAGGGAAAGGUGGCUUUGGUAUGGUAUUUAAAGGGAAUUUCGGAGGUCGUGAAGUGGCAGUAAAAAGAGUUCUAAUAGAUCGUGUCGACAAAAGAGAAGAAGAAGCAAUGCUAAAGUUAUAUCAUCCAAACAUCGUCAAACUUCUUCACUGUGAAAAAGACAACGACUUCAUGUACUACGCAUUGGAAUUAUGUGUCGCUUCGUUAGAUCAACUUUUCCUGAAGGAGGAUGUUUCCAAAAAAUACAAUGGACGUAUGCCACCUCCAAUCAAAAUAUUCCGUCAAUUAGCUACAGGCUUCGCCUACAUCCAUUCGCAGAAAUUAAUUCAUCGAGACAUCAAACCAGAAAAUAUUCUCAUUAUGCGAAAGCCUGGAAAAUGUGAAGAGAUAAUAAUGAAAUUGUCUGAUUUUGGACUAGCCAAAUGCGUAAACGAAAAGGGACUUCACUCGUGGACUGGAGUGAGAGGAACGAGAACUUGGUACGCACCCGAAGUGCUGGAAAAACUCAUCAACGGAAAAAAGGCGGAAAACGCGGAAAAGGCGGAUGAGUUUUGGGGCACGGUCAAGAGUGACGUGUUUGUCCUCGGUCUCGUCUUCGGUUAUUUUUUUUUAAAGGGAGAGCAUCUAUUCGGUUCAAGUGAGGAGGAAAUUCACAAAAACAUAAUUAGACAUGAUCCGGUGAAUAUGAAAAAUAUUGAUGACGAAUUGCGCAAAUAUUAUGAGGAUGACUUACUAAACAAAAUGUUGGAACACGAUCCGGAUAAAAGAAUUAGUUCGAAAGAAGUCGUCGAACAACUGGAACCCAUCACGAAAAAGCUGGCUGAAAAAGAAGAAGAAUUUCGACAACUUUGUGCUCGUGGCUCUUUGUCUGAUCUAGUUGGAAGGAUCAACGACUUCAUUCGCAUUGGAAUCGAUGUGAAUGCAAAGGACUCUGAUGGAAGGAAUGCGCUCCAUUAUUUGUGUCAAUCAAGUUCAAGCCCAAAUUUAAUCGACGCCAUUCAACUCUUAAUCCCACUGGGAAUUGAUGUGAAUGCAAACAGCAAUUCGGGAAGGAAUGCGCUUCAUUAUUUGUGUGAAUCAAAUUCAAGCGCAAAUUUAAUUGGAGCCAUUCAACUCUUAAUCCAACUGGGAAUUGAUGUGAAUGCAAGGGACGAUGAUGGACGGAAUGCGCUCCAUUUUUUGUGUAAAUCAAGUUCAAGCCCAAAUUUAAUUGGAGCCAUUCAACUCUUAAUCCAACUAGGAAUUGAUGUGAAUGCAAAGGACAUAUAUGGAAGUAGUGCGCUCCAUUAUUUGUGUGAAUCAAAUUCAAGCCCAAAUUUAAUUGACGCCAUUCAACUCUUAAUCCCACUGGGAAUUGAUGUGAAUGCAAAGGACAUUGGUGGAUGGAAUGCGCUCCAUUAUUUGUGUAAAUCAAAUUCAAGCCCAAAUUUAAUUGGCGCCAUUCAACUCUUAAUCCAACUGGGAAUUGAUGUCAAUGCAAAGGACAUUUAUGGGAGGAAUGCGCUCCAUUAUUUGUGUAAAUCAAAAUCAAGCCCAAAUUUAAUUGACGUCAUUCAACUCUUAAUCCCACCGGGAAUUGAUGUGAAUGCAAAGGACAGAUACGGAAAGAAUGCGCUACAUCUUUUGUGUCAACUAAAGUCAAGCCCUAGUUUAAUUGACGCUUCUCAACUCUUAAUCAAACUAGGAAUUGAUGUGAAUGCAAAAGACAAUUCGAAAAUGAAUGCGCUCCAUUAUUUGUGUGGAUACAAUUCAAGCUCAAAUUUAAUUGACGCCAUUCAACUCUUAAUCCAACUGGGAAUUGAUGUCAAUGCAAAGGACUCUAAUGGAAUGAAUGCGCUCUAUUAUUUGUGUGAAUGGAAUAAAAGCCCAAAUUUAAUUGACGCCAUUCAUCUCUUAAUCCAAAAGGGACUUGAUGUGAAUGCCAAGGACGAUUCGGGAAAGAAUGCGCUCCAUUAUUUGUGUCAAUUAAAGUCAAGCCCACAUUUAAUUGACGCCAUUCAACUGUUAAUCCCACUGGGAAUUGAUGUGAAUGCAAAGAGCACUUCGGGACAGAAUGCGCUCCAUUAUUUUUGUUUAUUAAAUUCAAGCGCAAAUUUAAUUGACGCCAUUCAACUUUUAAUCCCACUGGGAAUUGAUGUGACUGCAAAAGACAAUUUGGGAAGGAAUGCGCUCCAUUUUUUGUGUGUAAACAAUUCAAGCCCAAAUUCAAUUGACGCCAUUCAACUCUUAAUCCAAAAGGGAAUUGAUGUGAAUGCAAAGUGCAAUUCGGGAGAGAAUGCGCUCCAUCAUUUAUGUAAAUCAAAGUCAAGCCAAAAUUUAAUUGACGCCAUUAAACUCUUAACCACACUGGGAAUUGACGUGAAUGCAAAGAACGAUAAUGGAUGGAAUGCGCUUCAUUAUUUGUGUGAAUCAAAUUCAAGCCCAAAUUUAAUUGACGCCAUUCAACUCUUAAUCCAACAGCGAAUUGAUGUGAAUGCAAAGAGCACUUCGGUAGAAGAAAUGCGCUCCAUUAUUUGUGUGAAUCAAAUUCAAGCCCAAAUGUAAUUGACGCCAUUCAACUUUUAAUCCCACUGGGAAUUGAUGUGAAUGCAAAGGACAAGUGGGGAAAGAAUGCGCUCCAUCUUUUGUGUCAACCAAAUUCAAGCGCAAAUUUAAUUGAAGCCAUUCCACUCUUAAUACAAUUGGGAAUUGAUGUGAAUGCAAAGGACUAUUCGGGAAAGAAUGCUCUCCAUCAUUUAUGUAAAUCAAAGUCAAGCCAAAAUUUAAUUGACGCCAUUCAACUCUUAACCCCACUGGGAAUUGAUGUGAAUGCAAAGGACGAUGAUGGAAUGAAUGCGCUCCAUUAUUUGUGUGAAUCAAAUUCAAGCCCAAAUUUAAUUGGCGCCAUUCAACUCUUAAUCCCACUGGGAAUUGAUGUGAAUGCAAAGGACACUUGGAGAAGGAAUGCACUCCAUUAUUUGUGUAGAUCAAAUUCAAGCCCAAAUUUAAUUGACGCCAUUCGUCUCUUGAUCCAAAAGGGAAUCGAUGUGAUUGCAAUGGACGAUGAGGAAAGGAAUGCGCUGCUUUAUUUGUGUACACGGAAUUCAUGCCCAAAUUUGAUUGACGCCAUUCAACUUUUAAUCUCAGUGGGCAUUGACGUGAAUGCAAAGGACGUUUCGGGAAAGAAUGCGCUCCAUUAUUUGUGUGAAUGGAAUUCAAGCCCAAAUUUAAUUGACGCCAUUCAACUCUUAAUCCAACUGGGAACUCGUGUCAUAUCCAAUGGUCACGAUGCACGAAUUUAUUUACGCCAUAAUCGUUGGAUUUCCAACGAGAUCGAAAUCCUAAAACUGCUCGACGAAACAUUUCUCGUUUGAAUCAUAACUCAUCUCUAGGCGAUGCAAUGCACUUUAACGACGGAAAAUAAAAUACGGCGACUGUCGUAUACUCGAAUUUCUUAUACCUUUCACCACUACAAAAUUCAAAUUUCCUUCUGUCUCACUUCACUUUCAGAAAUACACCAGAAUAGAACCCCGGAAA